GCUGUCCCCCCGCUUCCCCGGCUCGGGGGGGGCGGUGGCGGCGAAUCCCGGCCGAGACCUUCCCCACCCCCCAACAUGGCGGCGGCGACCGCGGGGGGCGGGGCCUCGCCGGGGGGCGGGGCCUCGCUGGAGGAGGAGUGCGAGGUUGUGCGCGUGCGCGUCAAGAAGAGCGAGGGGCAGCAGCCGCCCGAGUUCCGUUCCUUCGCCGUGGACCCCCAGAUCACCUCUCUGGACGUUCUGCAGCACAUCCUGGUAUCUGUCCCAGGCCCGCUGCUGGAGGAUUGGGACAUCAUCAGCCCCCGGGAGGUGGCGGCGGCCGAGCCGGUCCCCGAGCGCCGCUCGCUGCUGGUGGGCCGGACGCUGGCGCGGGCGCAGGCGGCUCUGGCGUGGCCCGAGGGGACCCCGGCGGUGUCCCCGCCCCCUCCCCCGGCCCCGCCCUGCGCCCCCCUGAGCGACGCCGACCUGCGCUCGUACCUGGGCCCGGGGGGGCGGCUGCUGCGGCCCCAGGAGCUGCGGCUCCACGUCUUCCACGGCGGCGUCGAGCCCGGCCUGCGCAAGGUGGUCUGGCGUUACCUGCUGAACGUGUUCCCCUCGGGUCUCACCGGCCAGGAGCGCCUGUCCCACCUGCGCCUCAAAGCAGCCGAGUACCUGUCCCUGAAGGCCGCCCUGGCCGCCCGCGCCGCUCCGGCCGAGCUGUCCCAAGUGGCCGCCGCCGUCCGCAAGGACGUCGUCCGCACCGACCGCGCCCACCCGUAUUUCGGCGGCCCCGAGGAAGGUCACCCUCACCUGGCCGCCCUCCAGGCCCUGCUGACCACCUUCGCCUUGGGCCACCCUCACCUGUCCUACUGCCAGGGCAUGUCGGACGUGGCGGCCCCGCUGCUGGCCGUGCUGGACGAUGAAGCUCAGGCUUAUUUGUGUUUUUGCUCGCUGAUGCGCCGUUUGGCCCCGCGGUUCCGUCCCGGUGGACGCGGUCUGGCCCGGGCGUUCUGUCACCUCCGGCGCCUCCUCCGUCGCGCCGACCCCGUUUUUUGGUCGUUUUUGGCUUCUCGGGGAGCUCACGAUUUGUUGUUUUGUUACCGCUGGUUGCUGCUGGAGCUCAAGCGCGAGUUCGCCUUCGAGGACGCGUUGAGGUUGUUGGAGAUCACCUGGAGCUCGCUGCCACCGGCUCCGCCGCCGCCUCCGGCCGGGGUCCCGCUGCUCGGGCCACCCUUGGGUGCUCGCCGGGCCGGGCGGGGGCUCAGGGAGCGCCGGGGGCUGCGGCCGCGGCCACCCCGGAGGAGGAGGAGGAGGAGGAGGAAGGACGGAGAUGAGGAUGGAGAAGGCGACGCUCCCCAAGGUUCUGCUGGUGGCCUUGGAGGUCUCAACGAUGUCCCAGAGGGUCCCAAAGGUGCCCAGGGGGUCCAGGAGGGUCCUGAGAGCGCUGGAGAUGUCCCCGAUGGUCCCCAAAGCACUGGUGGUGGCUUUGGGGGUCUCAAGGGUUCCGGGGAUGUUCAAGAGAGUCCCAGGAGCUUUGGGGACGUCCCUGAGGGUCCCGGGGACAUCCAGGAGGGUCCCAAGAGCUCCAGAAAUGUUCCUGAAAGUCCCAAGAGCUCCAGUGACAUCCCAGAAGGUCACAAGGACAUCCAGGAGGAUCUUGAGAGCUCCAGAAAUGUCCCCGAGGGUCUCAAGAGCUCCAGUGACAUUCCAGAAGGUUCCAAGGACAUCCAGGAAGGUCCCAAGAGCUUUAAGAAUCUUCAGGAAGGUGCUGAGAGCUCCAAAAAUGUCCCCAAAUGUCCCAGGAGCUCUGGUGACAUCCCAGAAGGUCCCAAGGACAUCCAGGAAGGUCCCAAGAGCUCCAGCGGUGUCCCCAAAGGUCCCAAAAGCUCCAGGAACGUCCCCAAAGGUCCCAAAAGCUCCAGGAACACCCAAGGGAGACCCCCGAGGGCCGGGGAAGCCCCCGAGGGCCCCCAGGACUCGGGCCCAGGUGGCCCCAGGAAGGUGGAGGAGGGCACCGACGCCCUGGAGAUGGAGCAGAGAGCCCACGGCCCCGGCUGGGGGGACAGAGAGGGACCCGAAAAUGGACGAGGUGACCCCAAAAAUGGACAAGGUGACCCCAAAAAUGGACGAGGUGACCCCAAAAAUGGACGGGGUGACCCCAAAAAUGGACAGGAUGACCCCAAAGAGGGGCGUGGCCUGACAGAAGGACACGGUGACCUCAAAAAAGGACGAGAUGACCCCAGAGAGGGACACGAUGACCCCGGAGAGGGGUGUGGUGACCUCAGAGAGGGACACGAGCUUGGAGAAGGCCAUGGUGACCCCAGGGAUGGCCACAGUGACCCCAAGGAUGGCCACGAUGACCCCAGAGAUGGCCACCAUCACCCCAGGCAUGGCCACGAUGACCCCGAGCAUGGCUGUGAUGACCCCAAGGACAACCAUGAUGACCCCAAGGAUGACCACCAUGACCCCAGGCAUGGCCACGAUGACCCUAAACACAGUUUUGAUGACCCCAAGGAUGACCACCGUGACCCCAGGGAUGACCACCGUCACCCCAGGCGUGGCCACCAUCACCCCAAGGAUGGUUUUGAUGACCCCAAACAUGGGUUUGAUGACCCCAAACAUGGUGUUGGUGACCCCAAGGAUGGUUUUGAUCACCCCAAACAUGGGUUUGAUGAUCCCAACGAUGACCACGAUGGCCCCAAGGAUGGUUUUGAUGACCACCAUGACCCCAAGGACACCCCCAACCCCACCACCACCACUCCCGAAGACCCCUGGGGCGGCCGCUGGGCUUGGGAAGACCCUUCCUCCUCGUGCUCCUCCUCCUCCUGCUCCUCCUGCUCCUCCUCCUCCUCCUCCUCGGACGAAGAGCUGACCGUGGAGGAUGAUGGAGCUCCUCUUCCACCGCCUGAGGAGCUGGGCCAGGGCAACCCCUUCCUGCUGUUCGUGUGCCUGGCCAUGCUGCUGGAGCAGCGCGAGGCCGUGAUGGCGCGGGCCGGCGACUACAACGAGGUGGCCAUGCACUUCGACCGCCUGGUGCGGCGCCACCAGCUGGGCCGCGUGCUGCGCCGCGCCAAGGGGCUCUUCGCCAGGUACCUGGAGGGGUGGGGUGGGGCCGUGCCGGGGGGACCCCAAAAUGGAGCCUCAGUGGGGUAGGGGACACCGAAAUGGGGUAGGGGA